ACCUUUCUCCAAGAUGCCCUCUCCGUAUAGAGGCAGCUGAUUGGAGUCUCGGACGGUAUCUUUACGAGAGGGAUGCGCCGGACACCGUCGUGGAGCUUGAUCGCGGUCUGCUCCAGAGAAGACAAGGUCGUAGGUCGCAGGUGAUCGAUGUGAAUCUUGAAGUCGGAUUUGACAGCGACGUUGCGCGGAAUGGCGACCGAUAGCUUGAGAAAGCUACAGCUCAUGGUCUUCGCGACCAUGUUUCUGGGCUAUGCCAUGUAUGGCUACAAUCGGAAGAGUGUGUCGUUGGCUCUCCCGAAACUCAUGGAAGAAGGACUGCGCAAGGAACAUGCAGGGUUGAUCGUUUCCAGUCAGAAUAUGGCCUACGCAAUCAGCAAAUUCAUCGGCGGAGUAUUAUCCGACAGGCUGUCCGCACGUCGACUUUUCGCUAUCGGGCUUGUCGGAACUGGUUUAGCGACGCUCCUCUUCGGAACCGCGGACUCUCUGGCUCUGUUCUGUGGAUUCUGGUUCCUCAACGGGUUUGCACAGGGCUGCGGAUGGCCUAGCUGCGCUAAAAUCAUCCGCCAGUGGUAUCCACCGUCUCAGUUCGGAACCUGGUGGAGUGUACUCUCAGCGUCGUCGAAUGUUUCGGGUGGACUUGCGCCUUUCCUGGCCACAUUCAUCAUACUCAACUACGGCUGGAGAUCCUCGUUAUUUUUCGCGGGCUCGCUGUCGAUCGCAAUGGGUCUCGUCAGUUUCUUCACGCUCUACAACUCUCCAACAGACCUGGGCUAUCCGAGUUUCCUCGAAAAUGCGAAGAAGAAUGACGGCGAAAAGCCGGAAAAGACUGACGCGAAAAAAGAUGGGGGCUUCAGCGAUCUCCUCCCGAGCCCCUUCCUGUGGCUGAUAUCGGCAGCUUACUGUGUGAUCAUGGCCACGAAAACUUCGGCCGUCGAUUGGGGUCAAGUUUACCUGAGGGAAGAGCUGGGCCACUCGGCUUAUGUUGGCAGUACGCUGACAUCCUGCGUAGAAUCCGGCGGCUUUUUCGGAGGGAUCGCUGCGGGUUUGGUCACCGAUUGGGCGGUUAAGCGCCACGACCGACGCUUGCGGCACAAUCCCAGAGUACCGGCAGCUAUAUUCUUCUUCUUCUGCACAGCCGUUUGCUUGCACAUCCUCGUAUUCGUAGUGGAUCAGAAUACGUCGCAGUUCCUUAUAGCGGUCAUCGGUUUCACUCUCGGCGCGGCUGUGUACGGAGACAUAGCGAUCUUCGGCAUUGUUUCCUGUGAAUCGGCUCCCGUACACUUAUCGGGUUCCGCUCACGCCAUCACUUCUUUCGCUGCGAACGUUGGCGCAACCCUGUCGGGACUCCCAUUCAGCAUUCUAGCGGCGCAAUUCAGCUGGAAAUCUGUUUUCCUGCUCUUGGAAGUGAUAUGCGGCCUAGUCUGCGUUUUGAUGAUCAUCUGUGUGCGGAUCGACUCUCGGAUCGCGAGACAUCUGCAUAAAGACUGAUGCAAGUCGAUUCUGUUCGCAAGAGACGUGAUAAUUUGUGAUGAGAAGAAUAUCUAGGUAAUUAUAAUUUGCGACCUCUCACCAUGGGACCAGUUUUCUUCAUGAGGAUGGAAUGAGACAACUGUCAAGCUUUUCGAUCUGAAGCUCCUAAGGGAUUUGGAGCUGAGAGCCCGAGGCAUUAAUUGAGCGCGAUGACGUGCGACAAAAUGCCCAAAGACUCUCGUGAAUAUUCGAGCGUUACUCGCCUCGUACUGUUCCCGAGAGCCUCCCAAACGAACAAAGAGUAAAUGCCGACGGAUUUUGCUGCGGAUUGAGACCGAGGAACUGUUUAUGGGGAUCGAUCGGGAUUUCCCGAUACAGUUUUACACAAGUUUCUGUUGAAAUAAAGCUGUUGAUAUUUCUGAGUGCAAAGACAUACCUAUUGUUUAUCUCCCGUUUGUGUGUUUAAUGAAUCAAGAGUUGGAAGGAUCAUGGAGUCCAACGAAUUUCAGAGAAGAUGUACUCUCUAAGUCAAUGAUCAAGCCGGGAGCAUUUGAUGGCUCUCGCAGCACGAGCAAAG